AUGGCCAAAAAAUAUGAAGGGCAUUGUAUUGGAAUUGAUCUUGGAACGACCUAUUCAUGUGUUGCAGUAUGGCAAGAGCAAAACAAUAGAGCUGAAAUCAUACACAAUGAACAAGGCAACAGAAUCACUCCUUCUUGUGUUGCUUUCACAGACAACCAAAGGUUGAUAGGUGAUGCUGCAAGAAAUCAGGCUGCUACCAAUCCAUCCAACACUAUCUUCGAUGCAAAGCGGUUAAUUGGAAGAAAAUAUAAUGAUUCUGUUAUCCAGAAUGACCUGAAUCUGUGGCCAUUUAAGGUUGUUGCUGGUACUGACGACAGACCCAUUAUCGUUGUUAAAUAUAAGGACGAGGAAAAACACCUUACUGCCGAGGAAAUCUCAUCUAUGAUCCUCUCGAAGAUGCGGGAAAUUGCAGAGACAUUUUUGGAGUCACCGGUAAAGAAUGCUGUUAUUACUGUCCCUGCUUAUUUUAAUGACUCUCAGCGUCAAGCUACCAAAGAUGCUGGUGCCAUUGCUGGCCUCAAUGUUAUGCGGAUAAUCAAUGAACCCACUGCUGCAGCUCUUGCAUAUGGGCUUCAGAAGAGAGCUAAUUGUGUUGGUGAGAGAAAUAUUUUCAUCUUUGAUCUCGGUGGUGGCACUUUUGAUGUAUCUAUUCUCAUGAUUAAGGAUGAUACCUUUGAAGUUAAGGCCACUGCUGGAGACACUCAUCUUGGAGGAGAGGAUUUCGAUAACAGAAUGGUGAACCACUUUGUACAGGAAUUUUGUAGGAAGAAGAAAGUGGACAUUAGUAAGAACCCAAGAGCACUGAGGAGGUUGAGAACUGCGUGUGAGAAGGCUAAAAGGGUACUUUCAUACGACACUGAGACCACUAUUGAGGUUGAUGCUAUAUGUGAUGGUAUUGACCUCCUUUCAUCAGUCACUCGUGCCAAGUUUGAGCAACUCAACAUUGACCUCUUUAGUAAGUGUAUGGAUACUGUAGAGAGGUGUCUUAUUGAUUCAAAGGUGGACAAGAGCAAUGUAGAUGACGUUGUUCUUGUCGGUGGUUCUUCUAGGAUUCCCAAGGUGCAGCAACUAAUGCAAGAUUUCUUUAAGGGGAAGGAUAUCUGUAAGAGUAUCAACCCGGAUGAAGCUGUUGCAUAUGGAGCAUCUGUUCAGGCUGCUUUGUUGAGUAAAGGCAAUAAGUUUGUUCCAAAUCUGGUGCUAGUGGAUGUUACACCUCUGUCUCUUGGUGUAUCCACAAAAGGAGACCUCAUGAGUGUAGUGAUUCCGAGGAACACUGCCAUUCCUGCAAAGAGAAAAGAAGUGUAUUCAACUGAUAGAGAUAACCAAUCUGCGGUCUUUAUUCAGGUUUAUGAGGGUGAGAGAGCAAGAGCUAGUGAUAAUAACUUGCUUGGUUCGUUUACUCUUUUGGUUCCUCCUGCUCCCAGAGGCCUUCCAAUCAAAGUAUGCUUAGCUAUAGAUGAUGAUGGUAUAUUAAACGUCUCUGCUGAGGAAGAAACUACUAGCCGCAAGAAAGAAAUUACAAUAACAAAUGAAAAGGGAAGAUUAUCAGCCGAUGAAAUUGAGAGAAUGUGUAAGGAAGCUGUAAUUUACGAAGCUGAAGAUAUUAAGUACCAGAAGAAGGUUAAAGCAAUGAAGGCCUUGGAUGAUUACAUUUACAAUAUGAGGAAAGUUAUCAAGGAAGAGUAUGUGAGUUCCGUGCUUCCCAAGCUUGAUAAGAUUAAGAUCAAAGGUGCAAUUACAAAGGGCAAAGAUUUGGUUGAUGGCUACCAGCUGGAAGAAGAAUGUGUGUUCGUUAACUAUUUGAAGGAGCUAGAGAUCAUGUUUGAAUCCGUUUUGGCCAAGAUCAACCAAUGUAGUUCUGAUGAGGAAAGUGGCAGAAUGGCAAAACAACAUGAAGGAUGUGCGGUAGGAAUCGACCUUGGAACGACAUACUCAUGUGUUGCAGUAUGGCAAGAGCAACACAAUCGUGCGGAGAUUAUCCACAACGACCAAGGCAACAAUAUCACUCCUUCUUGUGUUGCUUUCACUGACAAUCAAAGGUUGAUUGGCGAUGCUGCUAAGAAUCAGGCUGCCUCAAACCCCACCAACACUGUCUUUGAUGCGAAAAGGCUGAUUGGUAGAAGAUAUAGUGAUCCCACUAUUCAAAAUGAUCUAAUGUUAUGGCUAUUCAAGGUCAUUGCUGGUACUAAUGACAAAUCGAUGAUCCUUGUUUCAUACAAGGAUAAGGAAAAACAAAUAUCUGCCGAGAAAAUCUCAUCCAUGAUCCUCACAAAGAUGCGCGAGAUUGCAGAGGCAUAUUUGGAGUCACCGCGUCAAGCUACUAAAGAUGCUGGUGCCAUUGUAUGCUUUGCUAUAGAUGAAAAUGGUAUCCUGACUGUUUCUGCUAGGGAAAAUGCCACUGGAAAUGAGAACGAGAUUACCAUAACCAUUGACAAAGAAAGGCUGUCAACAGAAGAAAUAAAAAAAUUGAUGCAAGAAGCUGAGAAUUACAAGGCCGAAGAUAAAGAACUUCCGUAUGAAGGUUGA